AUGCCCGUUAUAGCCCAUACCCCCAAGUAUGGCAGUCCCGUGAACCACGCACGGAGCCCGACUCCCAUCGUGACAUUUCCCCCUUCUGCAGAUCUUGUUUCGAACAACGUCUCCAGCGCUGAAGAUGCCUUUGUCAAGGGUGACCGCUUGCCAAUCUGCAUCACGGGGCAGAUUCGGCGCCUGGAACUUCGCACCAAGCUGAAGCGCUUCAUCGAGCCGAUGCUGAGCGCCGGCCAUCGAGUGGAGGUGUACCUGGUCAUCGAUCCGCGGAAAGAUACGAAUUACAUCCACCGAGCAGCUGGUUCCCACACGGGUGGUGGCCAAUACACCAUCUUGACGGGCGAAUUCGAGAGCCUCAAUGAGACGCUGGAGCUUUUUCCCAAGAACAUGACGGUGAUCUUCGACCCCUUCGUUCCUGCAGAUUACCGGUUUGAUCCCCGCUAUGCAAUGAUGAUGGAGCAGAUCUCUGCCUGGGGGAAGUCCUUGGGCACGGCACUUUGGAGGGCCAUGCAGCGUGCGCGCAGUCAUGGGAGGCAGUGGGAAGCUCUCAGGCGCUGCUGGCGCCUGGCGCAGAUCGCCGACCCCGUGCCGCCCAAGGCGGCCAUCCGCCUACGUGAUGAUGUGGUGGUGCUGCAACGCUUUGUGCCUUCGCUGGAGACCAUGUCGCGAGGAGUCCAUGUGCAAAACUGCGAGCACUACUUUGGACUCAACGACAAGGGCGCCAUCGUAGCGGGUCAAGGACAGGUGGAGAACUAUUUCACCAAACCCCUGGAGCUGAUGCUGAAGAACUUCACUCAGCUGCUGUCCUUCCAAAAGUCCCGCUGCACGCGGCCCUUGAACCCCGAAUCGGUGUUGUUCAAUUCGAUGGUCCUCAGCAACGCCCAACCGCACUACUUGAAGAACUUUCCGAUCCGCCCGGGCAUCAACUUGCAAGAUGAGAACCAGACUGUCAAUCUCUGCUAUUCCCAGGGUGCCCACAACACCGAGUGUUUUGAGGAUCGAGAUCUUCUGGAGAACAUGAAGGGAGGAAUCAAGAUCUACAAAAAUACUACACCGAAGGAGCUGCUGUAUAUCUGCGAGCCGCCGGAGAAGUGA